ACACUUGUUCUCCCAAGAAAAAACGCUAUCUCAGGUUCCUGUCUGAUCUUGAUAUUGUACGAUUUUUUUUAUAGGUUAAUCCAAUCUUUGUUUAGAAAUUUAAUAUAUAAACUCAUUCAUAAUUUUAAUUAAAAAGGAAUUUAAUUCUAAUAUAAGUUUAAGAAGUUUUAUGCCAAAUUAAUAAUCUAAUGGAUGAUAAAAGCAUUCAAAUGAAUCUAACCUAAAUCUCUCUGAAGAAGAAAGGGAUUCAAAAUUAAAAGAAUUAUCACAUACGAGAUAACUGAAAAAUAAAAUAAGAAAGAAUGAAAGCUUCUUGUAUAACGCGUAAGUUGAUCCAUGGUUGCAAACGUUUCGUAAAUACCGAGGCAAAAUGUCAAGACAGGCCGAAGUGGAUAAAGCCAGUGGGAUAUCAGACCGAGGUGUCUAUAUAUAAUCCGAUAACAAAAUGCAAGGUGCCACUUAUUUUAAAGACAAAGAAUAUUUUGAACUGGUAUAUUUGCGGACCUACAGUCUACGACUCGGCACAUAUUGGACAUGCAACCACUUACAUAAAAUCUGAUAUUAUUCGUCGAAUUCUAUCAGAUUAUUUUAAUAUAGAUGUAUUAUUGAUUAUGGGUAUAACUGAUAUUGAUGACAAGAUAAUAAGACGUUCCAUUGAAAGUGGAAAAGAUUUCGAGGCUUUGUCAAGACAUUUCGAGACUGAAUUUUUUGCGGAUAUGAAUAAGUUAAAUAUUCGCGAGCCCUAUUUACGCUGUAGAGUUACAAACUAUAUACCACAAAUUAUUCAGUUUAUUAAGAGGCUUAUAGCUAAGGAUGAUGGUUACGUUACAAAAGAUGGAUCUGUUUAUUUUAAUACCAGCAAAUAUAACAGAUAUGGUAAAUUGUCAACUCCUUUAACUGAUGAUGCUCCUUUAACUGCAAAAGAUCAGAAUAUAGGAAGAAAGUCAGUAUUAGAUUUUGCAUUAUGGAAAGCAGCAAAAGAAAAUGAACCAUCUUGGAAAUCUCCAUGGGGCCAAGGUAGACCAGGAUGGCACAUAGAAUGCAGUGCAAUUGCAAGCACAGUCUUUGGAAAUUCUGUAGAUAUGCACAGUGGUGGAAUAGAUUUAGCUUUUCCACAUCAUGAGAAUGAAGAGGCACAAUCUUGCUGUUAUCAUGAUGUCGACCAAUGGGUUAAUUAUUGGGUUCAUUGCGGCCAUUUAAACGUGAAAGGGGAUGUUAAAAUGUCGAAGAGUCUAAAAAAUACCAUAAGCAUACAAAAUUAUCUCGAAAAUUAUUCAGCAAAUCAUCUUAGAAUACUUUGCCUACUUUCUCAUUAUCGAACAGGUAUUGAAUUCUCAGAUGAAGUCAUGCAAAAUGCAGUGGGAAUAACAAAAAAACUUGAUAACUUCAUAAAUGAUUGCGAUAACUAUGUUGCUGGAAGAUUUAAAGCUGGUGAAAUUGAUGAAAAUCUUUUGUUUACAACUUUACAUGACACAAGAAGUCAGGUUCACUCAGCAUUGGCAGAUGAUUUUGAUACUUCAAAAGCAAUGCGUGCGAUUAUAAAUCUUGUUGCGAUAGGAAAUAAGAUGCUUCAUCAAAAUACCACAUCCAACAGUAAUAAUGUAAGCGCUGUCGCCACUGUUUCGAAUUAUCUUUCAAAUACUCUCUCAAAAUUUGGCAUUUCACAAUCCACAAAAUCAACAACAGAAGAUAAACAAAUUGCAGACAUUAUUGAUCAUUUUCUGAACUUCAGAAAAGCAAUCAGAACCAGAGCACUUGAGCAAAAUCCAAAAGAUACAACUUUAUUGAAAGAAUGCGACAAAGUGCGAGAAUGCUUGGCUACAUGCGGAAUAAUUGUAAAGGAUCAGCAAAAUAUUAGCAGUUGGAGUUGGAAAUGAUAAUCAUAUCUUGAAUAAAAGUAUAUUAAAAUUA